AGAUGGCACGCACAUGUCACGUGACACCUAGUGGUCAUGGUGAUAUUGUGCCGUCUAUCGACGAAACUGUCGCAUCUUGUGAAAAGUAAUGAUCAGGCUACUUUUCAGAUGGAAUAAAGAAUCAAUCACAUUUCAGGAGAUCUUUUGACGAUCCGAAAUAAGAGUUUUAAGCCUUCUACAUCUCAUGUAUGUGUAACAUCUUAAAAUGGGCAUCUUCCAGCCAAUCUCUAACCUGAGAGUAUAUGCAUCCCAUAAUCCACCAGCAGCAACUUUUUUCUUCUGCCUCUUGACCCUGGCCAUCUCAUUGAUAUGCCUCAGCUUUUACAGUGAGACCCACACACUGCCUAAUCCAGACAACACAAAGAAUUGGAACAACAUCUUCUUCUCUUUAUCGCAAUUAUACUUGUGUGUGAAGGCAAAUUCAAGUUCAUUUCUGGACCGUUCUUCAAUUCGUUCACCUCUGGAACAGAAAAAGGAUCAAGCAACUUCUGUUAAUAACUCAUCAAACAGUCUUUCUGUCACGCUGGAAAAUCUCAGGGUUCCUCUGGUCAUAACUACCAGUUUAACAAGUAAUCAACUGAAAGAAUUCAGUUUAUCCACUGUCUUAAGUGCCAGAGAGCUUCAUCUUGGAGAUGAAGAAACUGCUAAUCUGACCAUACAAAUUACGUCUGGCGUGAAUAAAUCUACCUGCCUCACCAUUAGUGCUCCGGCGCACCUUCUGCCUAUGAGUCUAUCUCCUCCAAAGUGCCCUGCAUUAGAGAAAAAUAUUACAACAACUUAUGUGGUUGCAAACAAUCAGUUGCCCACAGCAUCACAAACCUGCUUCAGUCUGGAUUCAAAGGAUGACCCUACUCUUGUAAUCAUGCUAACAAAGGAGGAGCAAAGCGUAGCAGUGCGACAUUUGCUGGAAGAGCCCUUGAUUGACAAUGAAAUAUCCAUCAUCUUCUGCUAUAAAGAAAUCAUUUGUCUGAAAGAAAACUGUGUUUUUGACUAUGUUUGAUCCAUGCAUCUAUUUCCUGAAACCGCUGAGUCCGUUUGUGGGUCAAAAGGCUGCUGGAGCCAACCCAGCUACUGUUUGGUGCGGCAGGGGGUACCCUGAACUUUUCGCCAGUCUGUUGCAGGUCCACACACCCGCAUGCACACCUUAGGGCAAUUUAGAGAUACUAAUUAACCUGUAAGUAUUGUUUUUGGACUGUGGGAGGAAGCCGGCGAAAUCUCAAGUAUGCACUGAGAGAACAUGCAAACUCCCAGCUGGGAUAUGAACUUGGACCCUCUUGUGAGGUGAGAGUGCUAACCACUACACCACCAUGCCACCACGUUAUGUCUCUUCAUAAAUAAAAUAAAAUGCAUCAGUUUGGCUUUUGUGAGAAGUAGUACUCAUAUUUUGAAAAAUAAAGAAAAUAGAUGGUA